GCCAUUCGCGUUGCAUCCAUGGUUAGCGCAUGGAUUCGAGUUAGGAGGUUAGUCCAUCGGUAAAACUUCGAGUCUCCUCGAUUAAUUAAGCAACAAUGGCCUCGGUUGACUAUUUGAGAGAGUUUGUCAACGAGCGACUAACUGCUGCUGCUGAAGAAAUAUUCGGAGUUUUUAAAAAAACGAUCGUCGAGUACGAGGAAGAGAUUGGUCGUCAGCGCAGACUGCUGGAUGUCGUUCGGAAACCUGAAAUAAAGUUACAGAUAAUAGAGCUCCCACAGCAACAUGUCUCUAAGGAGGAAGAGGAGAUUCCCGCUGAGCAACAACUCUGUAUUCAGGAGAGGAACUCCAGUCUGGACCAAGAGGAGCCGGAGCCUCCACAGAUUAAAGAGGAACAGGAGGAACUCUGCACCAGUCAGGAGGAACACAGCUCAAUUGACUCAAAUUCAGGAGCUGUUGCCUCCCUUGUCUUAUCACUGAACUCCUGGAGCAGCCUGAACAUCCCAUCCCCGAGUACUCCAGAAAUGUCUGUGACCACUCUCCCCAACAGACCAUGGUAUACCAACUUCAGAGUGGACUUGGAUAGGAUGCCAACAGGGAUCAGAACAGCAGCACUCAGUCUCACGAGACCAUCGCCGCCUGACAGAAGAGAGAUGGUGAAGGCUGUGGUGGAUCAGAUGCGUGAGCAUGAUCUCAAUCCAUCAAGAACUGUUUGCCACAACAUUGUUCGGAACAUCAUUAGAGAGUAUCCAAGAAGUUUUGCUGACGUUGAUCGAAAUGGAGAGUUUGUGGGAGAUGGCUGUAGCUCACUCCUCUUGCAAAUAAAAACAAGAGUGGAGUAUAAGAACCGCAACAACCCACUUUCACGGCGCAGGCGAAAGAGAAGGUCCAACUCUGAGGGUGGAAUCCUGUCAAGAGGCCCAGUGGACCAGUACGGCUGUGUCAGGUGGGAACCUUCAGACCUCCCGUCAGGGGAAACGGAGGCGACACUUGAGGAUGUAAGGAGGCAAAUGGUAACCAUGCAUUCAGAGGAGGGAAUGGCCGGGGCAGAAAGAGCAGUGAAGUUGCUUGAGAAAACGUACACAAUACAACGGCGAUACCUUAACAUGACCCCUCCACCCGCCAUAUCGGAUGUGAAAAAACAAUGGCCUUUUCUGUUUGCUCAGAGAGGCAUGUUCUCCCACUUCCUUCACCUGACCGACAUCUCCGUCGUUGCCAAGCUAACAGAGGCUAUGGAGCGAAAAGGCGAUACGAUCCUUAGGCUCUGCCAAAAACUCAACAAGAACCCAGGGGUUGAUGAGGUCCUUGCCAACUAUGAACCUAACACGGCCGAAGACAAGGCUGUGUGCGUAAUACUUCUCCUGCUGGCUUACUUUAAAGAAGCAAGGGAUGCGAUUAUUCUUCAGGCCGACCCGUUUUCCACAGCUGCCGAUAUCCAGAGGACCCUCACCUUACCCAGCACCCCUCGCUUGAUCGUAUUAGGGGAGCUAAUGAAGCCGAGAGCCUGGAUGCUUUCAAUUGAAGGACAAGUGGUAAUGGGACCCCAUGCUAACUUUAUCAAUGGGAUUGCUGCUGUCUUCGCAAGUUACUACAACUUCAACUUACAGUAUCCUGAGGAGGCCGCAAGCACCCUAGAGUUUAUCCAAAGAUGUUUUUUGGGCAUAAAUCCGGAGAAUGGCUCCAAGGCAGAGAAGGCGCGUGGAGGUAUCAAUCCACACGUGUGCACCCUCAUGAGGAAAUUAAUGGACCUUGAGUGGAUGUCCAUGUAGGCUUUUUUUAAAAACCUUUGACACAAAGGCUUCUUCAUAGGUGGUUUUGGGGCAUAGCCUGUGACGGCAUGGGAUUAGCAUAACUCUACCUUGUUUGUAAAAGUAAGACUCUUGUGUUUUCAAUGGCCCUAAUUUAUCAACCUAACGUAGAAACCAGCGCACAUAUGAGCGCAGAAAUCAGUUUACGACAGGCUUCACGCGUGAUUCAUGAAACGUUCGUAUCACACCAAUCGGAGCGUAAGAAUGGUUGUGUGUUUUGUGGCUCGGGGUCAGCUAUGAAUGACAGCAUGGACUCAGCUGAGCGAGGACCAAUCAAACGCAUAAUCAGUGAGGCCUGGAUGUAAUAAAUUCCAAAUUACCCUUUACUUACUCUUUAAUUCCUGUCGAACACGAUUGAUUGAUAGACAUAGACAUUUCUGCAGCACCACAAUACUUAAUUUAGAAUGGUAUUUUAAUACAUUUCACCUUUUAAGAAAUAUUGCAGCCUCCUGCCAUUUUUGAUAUCGCACUACGCCAUAUUUCAAUUCAAUUUUAAUAAAUUGUUAGUUUUCUCUGAGCUGGUCAACAUUUGUGUGUCAAAUCAAACAAACACUAUGGCUUUUUAUUUGAUUUUCAUCUGAAUGGGAUUGUAUAGUCUACAGUGGACUCUCCAUUCAAAUGCUCAAACACACUAUUGAAUACGUUGGUAACCUUUGGGUGGCAUUUACGUCCAGACCCUGAGAUUUCAAAGAAAAUGUAAAUCAUCACUCUCCUAUUAGGGGUGAGAGUCACCCGGGCCUUCACCAUUUCAUGCAAUAACGAUUAUUAGGGCUACAUGGUAAUCUUAAUUAAAUUUACACAGCAUAAUAUUUCUAAUUAUUGUUGUGACUUUUAAUUAUAUUGGCUAUAAUUUUUAUAAUUACAAAUUUAAAUGUAACUUUUUCCUUUUUAAAUGUACAUUUUAAUGUAGGGUGGGCAGGGCGAUAUACCGGUAAAAAUGUUACACCGGUAACAAUUUGUGCUAUGGUGUAACGUAGCCAUAUUGUUUCUGCGGGAUGAGAACAUAGUAAUAUGAUCCCCAGCUGUGAAUAUUUUAGUCAAAUAGAAAUACCAAGGUUGUAGAGUGUUUUGUGAAAAAGAUGUAUGUGUUCCACAAAGAGAAUAUUAUACUGUAUACAAAUUGCACUACUGACACCCAUGUCACACAUAUGUUGCCACAGAGCUAAAACAUUAACUUUUUCAUUGUUACUGUCCAAAAUGCUAAACACAUGUUUAUUUGUAUGUUAUAAUACAAACUUUAUAUUGGUGCUACGAUUUCAUGUAUUUUUCAUGGAAUUCUUUUUCCUAUAUACAUUUUUAAAGAAAUUGUCUUUGAAUGUAUGUAUUGUUAAUUUACAAUAAAGAUGAUAAAUUACAAUAUUUGUAUGCAUUUACAUAAAAAUAAGGGUCAAUGUGUUUCACUAAAAUUACAGUUUAUGUAAAAUGACAGUAUUUUAAUGUACUAUACCUGCUGUAAAUUACAGGAAUUUAUUGGCUAUGGUUGCAGUAAAAAUACAGUAAAGAAUUGUAAAUUACAAGUGAUUAGGGUACAGUACAGGACCAAUAAAAUAUUUUACUUUUACAGUAAUGGAAUGGUUGGGUUACUGUGAAAACAGUACAUUGCUGUACUUUUACUGUAAAUUGUUAUGAAUGAAAUUAAUUACAAAGGGCUAGAGUUAGUUUAAAGUCAUUUCAUAUUUCCUUGCUAAUCUGCCCAAAGUUAUUUGAUUAGUCAGACUCACAACGUGGCUAGGCUAACAAUAGCUAAAAUUAACUUUGGAUACAUCAGCAAGGAUUUAUAAAAUGACUGUUUGUCGCUGACAGUGUCCUACCACUUUCAAGCGUUAGGAACACAAGCAGCAUAUCACUCAGGGGAUCGGCAUAUGCCACUGUACCACUAGUGACAUACUAUAAGCAACUUUUUAAACUCAGCAUCACUAUGACUGCUGCUGCUGAAGAAUAUAUUCAGUUUUUUUUUUUUUUUUUAGUCGAUGAAUAGAAGGAUGAGACUGAUUGUGCGCACAGAUUUGUUUGAUAUUGUUUGGAAAUAUGAAAUAAAGUUACACAUAAUAGGUGUGUAAAAGCAGCCUUGUAUUCAGGAGAGGAACUCCAGUCUGGACCAAGAGGAGCCAGAACCUCCACAGAUUAAAGAGGAACAGGAGGAACUCUGCACCAGUCAGGAGAGAGAGCAGCUUGAACUGAAGCAGAAGACUGAUGCCUUUAUGUUGACUCCUACUUAUGAGGAAAGUGACUACAGUGAAGAUCAGACUGUCAAGAUUCACUGGAAUACCCAUAAGGAUAAAACUUGACAAGUUUUGUUGAAUGAACCUGCUGUUUUUUGUUUUUUCUAUCAAUGUGAUUUUUAUUGUUUGGGCCUUUUGAGAUGACACAAACACAUCUAAUAAAAAAUCAUCAAUCAA